AUGAGUUAUUCAAAAUUUAGACAUUUACGUGUUACUAAUCCAAAAAACUCAGAAUCCGGUGGAAACAAAGAGUCGAAAGACCACUUUUUGCUUGAAACCGUCUUCGUAUUAACAGGUCGGGGGCACACGGAGGUACUGGUGGAGCUGCAGAUGGAGCGGUGGGUGGGGCGCGGGGGUUCAGUACGGUUACGCUGCCUGCACGACGUGCCUCCCCAUCUUCUCGACAAGGUGGUCUUCCUACGGCAGGGCACCAAAAUCUUCCAGUACAUUAAGAACCGCAAGCCGCCAUACAGAAAUUUUACCACACCCGGUGCUGUUCUCAACAUAGCCCUAGCUACAGAGAACUCCAUAAUCCUUCAAAACCUAGAGCUGGAGGCGAGUGGCAGAUACUCUUGUGAAGUGUCGUUAGAAACUCCAAUCUACACGAAAGCGUCUGCUGAAAAACAGCUUACAGUUUUCCAGCCGCAGAAGCACCACCCACGGAUAGAGGUGCCCCCUCGCGAGCCGCCACCCGCACCCCUCCGAGCCCGCUGUACCACUGCGCCCUCGGCCCCCGCGCCCCACGUCACCUGGUUUAUAAACGGCAAAAAGAUGGAUGAGCUGCUAGCUAACUCACAAAAGUACAGAGUGUCAGUGAGCGAGCGGUCCUGGGGUGGCCGACGAGGUCCCCUAACGCAGACAAGCCCGUCACCACUUUUAACCCUUACACACAUCACGCAUCUUGCCACGCGACCGCCCGGUUGUACGCAAAAAGAGAAAGAGACAGGAGGGACUACUCGGGAAGAUGCCAAUGCAGUCCAAGGAGUGAGUAGACAUAAAUGGCGGCGGCGGGAACUAUUCGUGACAGUGUCGGAGGUGACAGUAGAAGUCAGUGGACGCCUGCAGCUCACCUGUGUCAGUACCAUUCCCGAGUUUAGGAGCAUUCACGAUAAGUUUGCUGAUAUCCGGAAUGAAACUGUAAUAGUGGAUGUAGUAAACCCUUCAAGUCAACCAGAGCCAGCUUCGAAUCUAACGACGGGACAUAGCACUUCCGAUGCUUCCAGCGAGCUCCUCACACCUCUUAUUACGCAUAUUAUAUUUUUACAUCUCCUUUAUAUUAUUUGA